CCUCCUCACAUUUAACCGAGCACCUGCAGCGCACCAACUUGUCGUCACUUCUCAGAUGGCAUCAUUCCCACAGUUGUCCCUAUUGCUCCUCUUCUCCUCCUUCGCCCUGUUCUUCCGAGGAACCUCCGGCGACGACUCCGGUUGGCAGAGCGGGCACGCCACCUUCUACGGCGGCGGCGACGCGUCCGGUACCAUGGGGGGGGCGUGUGGGUACGGCGACCUCUACAGCCAAGGGUACGGGACGAACACCGCCGCCCUCAGCACGGCGCUGUUCGGUGACGGGGCCAGCUGCGGCGCCUGCUACGAGCUGCGGUGCGCCGACGACCCGCAGUGGUGCCUCCCGGGCUCGAUCGUGGUCACCGCCACCAACUUCUGCCCGCCCAACUACGCGCUCCCCAACGACAACGGCGGGUGGUGCAACCCCCCGCUGCAGCACUUCGACAUGGCCGAGCCCGCCUUCCUCCAGAUCGCCCAGUACCGCGCCGGCAUCGUGCCAGUGGCCUUCAGAAGAGUGGCGUGCGUGAAGAAGGGCGGGAUCAGGUUCACGAUCAAUGGCCACUCCUACUUCAACCUGGUGCUGGUGACCAACGUGGCAGGCGCCGGCGACGUGCGCGCGGUAUCCAUCAAGGGUUCCGCCACCGGGUGGCAAGCGAUGUCGCGCAACUGGGGGCAGAACUGGCAGAGCAAUGCCUACCUCAACGGUCAGUCUCUCUCCUUCCAGGUGACCACCAGCGACGGCCGCACCGUCACUAGCUACGACGUCGCCCCAGCCGGCUGGCAGUUUGGCCAGACUUUCGAGGGCAGCCAAUUCUAGUUUUACCUCCUCAACCCAACCAUAUAUAUAUAUAUAUAUAUAUAUAUAUAUAUAUAUAUAUAUAUAUAAGCUGAGGUGGAAUGUUUAUCACCCGCUAAGGCCUUCUCUUAAUUUAGAUUAGUAUGAUUAACUAGAUGUUUAAUUGGCUUGUGAAGAAGAGAUAGGGAAAGAGAGUGUCACAUUUGUGUACUUGUGGUAUGUGGCCAAUGUAUUUGUGGCCACGUAUGUAUGUGACAAGUAUAAAAACAUACGGUGUAUGUGGAUUAGCACUUAAUCAUAUCUUCCUACAUCUAUGUGAUGCACCCAAUCCAGAUUCUUUCA